AGUCAUCCCAUAUACCUUAUUUUUACAAAGGGACUAAGUUUUACCUGCUGUACUAUUUCCCCAGGAGGAAAAAUUGUUUUAUGGUCUUAAUGAGGUUAAAUACAUUUCAGUAUGGGAAAGAAACAUGAAGAUUUUCUUCAUUGGAUUAACAGGACUGGGAGGUUUAUUUGAUUAGAUUUCUACCUGUGGGAUUUAAAUUGUGCUGAACUAACCCUCCCCAUCCCUCAUUUCCGUUGGUUGUUUUCCCAAUGAUGUCAUAAUGCUUGCCCAUGUGAUACAUCCUGCUGCUUGCAUUAAAGCAGAAAUAGUUUUAAGUUCAGACAAGGGUUAAGAUGGCAAGCACGAAGAGGUCUCUGUGUUCUCAAGAUCAUUGAUUUCUAAAAUAUGUAAAAGUUAUCAAAAUAAAUAAUUUAAGCUGCAGGGUGGCAUCCCAUAAUAACAUUUCCAAAGACCAGGUGUUUUGCAGCUGCCAGCAUGUGUUUCCAUAGCAACUUCAUUGUGAUGUCAUAAUGCCUGCACACUUCCAUUGUGCUGUAAUCACUCUUGCUGUAAAGAAACAAUGCAUCUGAAGCUCAGUCAAGCAUAAGGAUGGCGAGGGUGAAGAUGCAUUUCUUUUUACUCUCAGCCUUCUUUAUACUUUUUGAAUUUAAUUUUUUUGAAUUAUCAACUUCAUAUGAAUUUACUGCACCAUUACCUGGCACACCUCUAAAUGAUGAGGAAUAUGAGAAAUUCUUCAGCCUGCUAAUGCCAGAGCCCAUUGCAAGAAGCCUGUGUGCUCUGCGUUUGGGUCAUGGGUGUGAGGAGCGCACAAUCAGACGAUAUGAUGCUUACGAAAACCACGGCGCUGUACCAACUGGUCCCAUCUGCACUGAUUUGAAAACCUCUAGCCACUUCGAUAAUUUCUGCGAUUUUGCGAGGUUUCGCUGCUUUCACAUGCUCCACUAUGUUAAGAGGAUUCCAUGUGAAGAACAAGAGCAGCAAACAAUCCAGACACCUACAGCUACACCUGCAAAAGAUCCGUCAUUGAAAUCCCAACUUCCUCAAGAGAUAACCACAGAGACGAAACCUGCUGGUGUUACGGACAAAGUGCAAUACAAGCCCAUGAAAAUAAAGCCAGUUACAGUUGGCUACAAAACUACAGCAUCAAUCAAAGCACAAAGUCAACAACAGACAACACCACAGAAGAAAACGGUUGGACCAAAGCUCGGUGUUGAUGUGUCAAAAUUACAAACCAAUGUAAUGGCUUCAUUGAAAUAUAAAAAUGAUCCUGUUAAUGGACAAGAUAAAGCUGAGAUGUUGGCAAAACCACGAGAUGAGGCUUCCACUGUGAGCCAUAAUCCAGCAACUUCUAUCCCUGAGUCAACAAGAAUACAGGGAACAGAGUACCCAAAAGAAUAUCAAACUGCUAAUGAUGAACAGAAUAUGACAGAGGAACCUGAACCUCAAGAUUCUCAACUUGCAAAGAGCAAGAUUACUGUUAAAGAAAAACAAGAUUUUAAAGCUAUAGAUAUUGACGAAACAUCAGAAGAAUCAGAUAGUGAUGAUGACAUUAUAGGUUUUGUUAGGCCAAAAAACCCGCCCAGUUCAGGACAUGAGACUACAGUAACACAUAAACCAACAAAAGCACCAAGUCAUCAACGGGAAAUGGCAAAAGUGGAAAAUGUUAAGACACAACAGGAUUCUUAUGAACAUAAAAAACUAAAUAAGUUGGAAAUGGCAUGGGCAAAUAUGAUAGAGAACCCUGCUAAUAUCAAAGGAACAACUAGAAAACCCCAAGAUAUUGAAGAAACACCAGAAGACUCCGAUAGGGAUAAUGACAUUAUAGGUUUUUCUGGACCACAAAACCCACCUAAGUCAAGAGAGGAGACCAUUAAAGGAAUACAUAAGACAACAAAAGCACCAAGUCAUCAACGGGCAAUGGCAAAAGUGGAAAAUGUUAAGACACAACAGGAUUCUAAUGGAAAUAAAAAACUAAAUAAGUUGGAAAUGGCAUGGGCAAAUAUGAUAGAGAACCCUGCUAAUAUCAAAGGAACAACUAGAAAACCCCAAGAUAUUGAAGAAACAUCAGAAGACUCCGAUAGGGAUAAUGACAUUAUAGGUUUUUCUGGACCACAAAACCCACCUAAGUCAAGAGAGGAGACCGUUAAAGGAAUACAUAAGACAACAAAAGCACCAAGUCAUCAACGGGCAAUGGCAAAAGUGGAAAAUGUUAAGACACAACAGGAUUCUAAUGGAAAUAAAAAACUAAAUAAGUUGGAAAUGGCAUGGGCAAAUAUGAUAGAGAACCCUGCUAAUAUCAAAGGAACAACUAGAAAACCCCAAGAUAUUGAAGAAACAUCAGAAGACUCCGAUAGGGAUAAUGACAUUAUAGGAUUUGCUGGACCACAAAACCCACCUGAGUGAGGAGAGGAGACCGUAGAGCGAACCAAACCACAAGUUACUGUUGAUGUGCCACAAAACAGCGAAGAUAGUGAUGAAGACAUUGUUGAUGAUGACAUUAGAGGGUUUGUUAGGCCACCCAACUGACCUUUACUCAGGAAAAAAUAAGAAACCUUUGAAUAGCACUUUCAUCAAUUUUACAUUCACUUAUUUUUACAGUUUACUUUAAAAAAUAAAAUAUAAGAAUUUAUUAGUAACAAAGUUAUUACUUGAAUUUAUUUUUUCAAUCCAAUUCUGUUGAGUAAUAAAAGUUCAGUAGAAAACA